CAUUGUUAUCUAUCCCGCGAGAGGCAGAUUUAUUUUCCCCAAAUUUUCGGUGAGAAAUAUCCUUAUUUGUUUUCCCUCUCUUUUCCUCCCUUAUUUUCGGCAACCCAGCAUUUCAACUUCUCUAACCCCUAAUUUCUCCUUUUUCCGGCACCAUUCACACCGCUCAUGCUCCAUUUCUAACCGUAUAAUUUCCCUCUAAACACCAAAACCUUACUGCUCCAACAUUCAAAUCCUUGAAAACUUUCACCAAUCACUUUUCAUUCUUCAAAAAACUAGCAGAUUAACCCUAAUUUCCCAAAGUUGAUUCCACAUUAGGGUUUCUCAUGUCGGGUGGGUUAAGCCCAACACACCACGUCAUAGUUCAAGCUCUCUUGUCACGAGGUCCACUCAAGGAGAAAGACCUACAUUCCAUGUUUGAGGACCUCACUAAGAAAAGUCCAGGCACUGACCGUCGGCUAUUUGAUGCAUUUAUUCUGGCAAUAAACAAGGCUCUAACUUGUGCCAAUUUUGAGUUACGUGCCUGCAUUGAUCAAUAUGAUGGCCAUGUUUAUUAUGGAGUUGUUAAUACUGUUUCCGAUGAACAAUCAAAGCUCGGGACCAAGUACACAGUUCCGCAGAUUGCUUUUUAUAAGGCUAUUAUUGAAGCAAUAGUUCAAGAUGACACGGCAAAUGGUUUUAUCUCCACCAUUGGUGCUCUCAAUCUUAAUUUGGAUGGCCAGGUUACAAUUGGGACCAGUUCAGAGUCUCAAGGAGGGCAACAACAAUGUCAAGGAAGCCAACCACAGGUGCCAUAUGCAUUUAAGAGUUUUAAUUUGUCUCAAAAGGAAAAAACUCUAAAUGAACUUGUGAGGGACUCGUGGCUUAAUUUGACCACAGAUGGUGAUGUUAGACUUGGUGUAAAAUCAUUCCUUGAUCUCCGCAGCUGGUUUCGAAGUAAUGAUGUUCCAUCCUGUCAAGUUUGCAAUGAAGCUGGAAUUAAGGCAGAGUUGUGCAAAAAUGAAAAUUGUACUGUACGAAUUCAUCAAUACUGCCUGAAGCAACUUUUUUCCCAGAUAAAGGCUGCAAAAGUUUGCCCAAGUUGUGGCACUUCAUGGCCAUUUACAAUACCCAAAGCAGAAUAUGUAGAGACUGAAGAUGAUAAUGGGCCUAGGCAAAGCCAACAGCCUACUGGUUCUAAAGGAAAGAAGCGAAGAGCCAAUAUGAUUGUUGAGGAUGACGGAGUUGGAUGCAGCAAUCAGGACGAUCUCAAUGAACAUAGAGAAAGCCAGCAUGACAAUGAACGGGUGCGAAGAAGGACUAGACUACGGAGAACUCAUGAAGCAGAUAUAGCAGGCCCUACUGCGUCUCAAUCAUCAUCAGCUGUCACUGAUUUAAGAAGAGUUACUCGAAAAUCUUCUCGUCCAACCUAAACUGGUGAUGGUAUCUUGUUGUACCAGGGAAUGCUAGGUGAUGUACUAUAUUUUGCUAGAAAUUCUUCUCGUCCAACCUAAACUGAUAAUCGUAUCCUGUUGUACCAGGGAAUGCUAGAUGACGUACUAUAUUUUGCUAGAAAUUCUUGUCCAACCUAGACUGAUAAUGGUAUCUUGCUGUACCAGGGAAUGCUAGGUGAAGUACUAUAUUUUGCUGCCGGCUGUUUUUUGUUGUUGCGAAGCUUAGGCCAACCUAUAGCUUGAAAUUCCAACCUUUUAGCUAGUAAUCUAAAUAUCAGCUUGUAAAUUUGUGUCGAUGAUUUAAGGUAAAGGCAUUGAUGUUAUGCAUAUGCUCAACUUUGAUAUUGCUUAUUAGUGUUUUUCAUCUUCUGUCGUGUCAUUAUCACGAUUUGGAUAGAAGAAUAGUUCUUGAUAGAACAUUAGAGCGAAUAUUAUCUAUGUAGUUGAUCUCGCUUAAUUGGAUAAGACUUGAUUAUUAUUGUUGUAUAAAGUCAACCCUUUAUUUA